GUGUUUUUCACAGCAAUGGUCAGCGCAACCCCUUCAUAAAUAGCCAUUUCAAGGUUUCCUUUAUCGUUAAAAACAACUUAGCAACGGACAUUGGAAAAAAACUCCCGGUAGAAGGGUUAAAAACGCAUUCAACGUACCUAUUACGGUGAAAUGUUUGCUUUUUUUUUUGUUUUAGUGUUAGAGUGUCCAGCUAAUAAAACGUCAUUUGCUUACGCGCGUGACGAAAGUUACAAAUUUUUAAAACCAUUUUUAAUUCGUGAUUUUAGUAAGUGCUGGAUUGUAAAUUGUUCGCGUGCAAUAACGAUGCUCGUUUGAUUCGAUUAAUACAUUACAGUUCUACGAGAUGAGAAAUUAUGUCACGAAGUAAUACGAAAGGUGAUACGUCUAGUGCGACGUCUACGAGUGCAGAAUAUUUAUCUUCGUCUUCCAAUGGAAUAGCGGAUUCAAAACGGGAAAGAAUAGCGGUAGUCGUUAGAAUAAGACCCAUUUUCAAAAAAGAUCAAAAUCGAUCAGUUUUUGCGAUUGAUAACAAGACCAUUAUUUUAGAAGACAAUGGCACUAAUCAAGCAGAAAAUAUCUAUGGUAAACGCAAAACUAGCAAUAAUUCAACGAAAAAACAACAAUUCGUGUUUGAUGCCGUUUUUGCUGAAGAUACUUCUCAAGAGGAAAUGUACAAUUUCACCACAAAGUAUUUGAUAAGCGAAAUCAUAUCCGGCUACAAUGGAACAAUUAUGGCUUAUGGCGCAACCGGUUCAGGCAAAACGUACACCCUUAUGUCAACGAAUAAUUUGGAAAAUAGUGAUAAAAUGAAUUUUCCUCAAUGCGGAAUAAUUAUACAAGCGUUUCGAGACUUAUUCGAUACAAUUCACCAGCAAUCGCAUCAAUAUGUGGUUAGCUUAUCCUACUUGGAAAUAUACAAUGAAAGUAUCAAAGAUCUAUUCAACUGCGAAUCUGGAAACUUAGAAUUAAGAGGAAGUGGCAACAACGUUCAGAUCAUGGGUUUAACAGAACUGGAGGUCGAUUCAACCCAACAGGCAGUAAAUUUACUACUAAAAGGAAAUGAAAACCGAUCAGUUAGAAGCACCGCUGCUAAUUCUGGUUCUUCCAGGAGUCACGCUAUUUUAAUCAUCAUUCUUCGGCAAACUUUUCCUCGAGAAAAAUUCAACGGAUUCAAGACAUCAGUACGACAAAGUAAAUUACUCUUUGUAGACCUUGCAGGAUCCGAAAGAGCUAGGCACACAAAAAAUAGAGGCAAAAAACUUCAAGAAGGUAGUCAUAUAAAUAAGUCCCUGCUAGCGUUGAGUAAUUGUAUUACAGCUCUAAGCAACGGAACCGACGUAGCUAAUGUGAAUUUCCGAGAUAGUAAACUCACACGAUUAUUACGCGAACCUUUGAGCGGAAAUUAUCGUACAAUAAUGAUAGCUCAAAUAAAUCCCGAUGUAGAAUUUCGAGAUGAAACCAAAAACACGCUGAUAUAUGCUUUCAAAGCGAUGGGAAUCACCAAAAAUGUGAAUAAAAAUGUAGCUAGUGUUGCACUGGAAGCCACUCGCUAUCAGACUUUAAUUAACGAAUUACGAAAUGAAAUUGCACGAUUAAAAUUAAAAAUACACGAACAUCACGAAGACGACGAACCAAUCAACGAGAGUAAUACCGUUCAAAAAUUCCGCGAAGAAAUAGUCGCUGUUUUCGAAAAAGAAAUGAAACUAAGAAAAAAACUCAUAGAUAUCGACAGCCAAAUUUUAUACUUAAACACCGAAAUGGAAAGGCACCACCAAGUGCUCAGUUAUUGGCAAUCGAAGAAUAAAAAAUUGUACCGUUUCAAGAAUUCUACAUCUUCCGAAAAUAGUGAAAAUAACGAAGAUGACGAUGAAGCAACCACACAUAUCGAUCAAGCAUGGGUGAAAUUAAACGCGAUCGAAGAAGAUUUGGAACGAUAUUCGAAAGAAAAAACGCAAAUCAUGGAAGAAUUGGAAGAUGUCAAAACCACGACGAAAAAUUUAGAAAAUAAUAUGAUAUUCACUUCGGACGCAAAAACAGAAAAAGAAAUACUUACUUUACUUUGUAGAGUUUACGAAUUGGAAGCGGAUAAAUUAGUUUUGCAAGGAGAUCGUAUACUCGAUACUCACGAAUUACACCGCAUCAGCGAGCUCUUGAAAAAAUAUCGCCACCAGCAAAAAAUCACCGAUAAUAUAAUUACGAAACAAAGGCAACUAAUUGAAGAAAAGAGACUACCGAUGCCAUCGGAUUUGAAAAAUCUGUAUCAGUUGUAUCAACAAGAAAUUCACGAAACCACGCUUCGUAAUUUUAAAGAAUUUGACAACGGCAAAGUUUAUCAUUUGCCAACGGUUCCAAAAGCCAUAAAAGAAUCUCGUCCAAAUAAUCACUUAUCAGAAACAUAUCUUCCCAAAGUAGACGCUGUAAUGGAAACCAGUCGUCGAAACUCUUUACGCUUAUCUCCAAUUCCAGUUACUGUACUUUUUCCACCCAUAACAUUUUAAAAUAUUCAAUAUUUUUUUUUCAAGUUUUUGUUUUUAAAUCUCAGCUAAGAAAAAUCAAAAAUUUACUUGA